UGCUGGCGGAAGGGGUCGCGCAGGAAGCGGGGCCGGGGCUCCCCCGCGGCCACAACCGGGGCGAGGGCGGCGAGGGGAGCGAGGGCAGAGCUCAGUGCAGAGAUGGGGCCCCGGCGGAAAACUGUGAAAGCGAGCGCAGCGAGCAGGGAAGGGGCAGAGUCUACCAAAGCUGAGGAGCCAAAAGAUUACAUGAACCAACUCUCUCAUGAAGUGCUUUGCCACAUCUUUAGGUACCUGCCCUUGCAGGACAUCAUGUGCAUGGAGUGCCUGUCACGGAAGCUGAAGGAGGCGGUGACGCUGUACCUGCGCGUGGUCAAGGUGGUGGAUCUGUGUGCGGGGCGUUGGUGGGAGUACAUGCCCACAGGUUUCACUGAUUCCAGCUUCCUAACGCUGCUGAGGAAGAUGCCAGACAUUGAACAACUUUAUGGUCUUCAUCCCAGGUAUCUGGAAAGGCGCCGAGUCCGUGGCCACGAAGCUUUCAGCAUUCCUGGAGUUUUAGAGGCUUUGCAGGCCUGUCCAAAUUUGCUGGGUGUUGAGACCUCUCAUUUAGAGCUGGUGGAAGCUAUUUGGACAUACAUGCCCCAAGUCCACAUUUUAGGGAAGUUUCGUAAUCGUAAUGGUGCUUUUCCAAUUCCUCCUGAGAACAAGCUGAAAAUUCCUAUAGGAGCUAAAAUUCAGACUUUGCACUUAGUAGGGGUGAAUGUCCCUGAGAUUCCUUGUAUCCCAAUGCUGAGGCACCUUUAUUUGAAGUGGGUGAGACUCACCAAACCACAGCCUUUUAAAGAUUUCCUUUGUAUCAGCUUACGGGCUUUUGUCAUGAGGAACUGUGCUGGACCCACAAACUCUCUGAAGUACGUUCCCCUGGUGACAGGCCUGGCUUCUGCCAGGAAUCUGGAGCACUUGGAACUGGUCCGUGUUCCAUUUCUUGGAGGACUUAUCCAGCACGUGGUAGAAGACAGCUGGAGAUCAGGUGGUUUUAGGAAUUUGCACACUAUAGUUCUGGGAGCUUGCAAGAAUGCACUUGAAGUGGAUCUUGGCUACCUCAUCAUAACUGCUGCACGAAGGUUGCACGAAGUGCGGAUCCAGCCUUCCUUGACCAAAGAUGGUGUUUUUUCUGCUUUGAAGAUGGCUGAACUGGAAUUCCCCCAGUUUGAAACUCUUCACCUAGGCUACGUUGAUGAGUUUUUACUACAGUGUAAAAUGACGAGUACGGACUUGGUGAGGUACGGCUUGGCUGAUGUGGUUGAAAACCCAGGAAUUAUUACAGAUAUUGGUAUGAAAGCUGUAAAUGAAGUUUUUUCUUUCAUCAAGUAUCUGGUCAUUUACAACUGCCCACAUCUACAUAACCCAAAUAAUUGGAUCACAGACCACUCGAGGUGGACCCGCCUGGUUGACCUGACCCUGGUGAGGUGCCAUGCCAUCAAGCUGGACUCCUUCAGUCAGUUCAUCGAGUUACUGCCAAGCUUGGAGUUCAUUUCUCUGGACCAGAUGUUUAGAGAGCCUCCAAAGGGUUGUGCUCGUGUGGGCCUAAGUGCAGGCACAGGAAUUGGGGUCUCCUCUGCCCUGGUGAGCAAUCAGAACUCCAACAAUGACAAUGACAACAACAACAACCACCAGAACAACAACAACCCCAACAUCCACCACAACAACCACCAGCACCCCAACGAGCAGAAUGAGGAGAACGAGCUGCACCAGGAGGGCCCUGCUGAGGAGCAGCAGAUUGGGGCAGAGGCCCUGAAUGAGAUGGAGGAGGUGGCACAGGAGGAAGGGGAGGCUGCUGGGCAGGGCCAGGAUGAGCUGCCAGCUCCCAGCCAGGCUGUUGUUCCCAUGGAGGUGGAUGAGGAGCAAGCAGGACCAAGUGGAAUUCAACCUGUUGUAAAAGCAACUCCUAUUACCAUCCAUGAUUCAGAUAGUGAGGAUGAGGAGGAAAGCAUGAGCACUUCCAGAGUCUGCAUCUCCAACAGCAUUGCACAGAGUUACUCAGAUGGGGAAGAGAAGAGCAGGGAUCCAGUGGAAACCAGAGAACCUUCAGUGAGCGGCAAAGGCAAGACCCCCCUGAGGAAGAGAUGCGGCGGGGGCCGCGGGGGCCAGGCCAAGCAGUUCCCCGUGGAGGAGAGCAGCUGUGAGAAGGGCUGCCAGGUGACCAGUGAGCAGAUCAAAGCUGACAUGAAAGCAGCCAGUGACAUGCCCGAGAGGAGCAAGAGCAAGGAUUCCUACGGCAGCUGCAGCAGCGCCCCGGCGUCCACGGCGACAUCCGGCUCCCGCAGUGCUGCUUCUCCCAGUCCUGACUGUGCCCAGGCAGCCCAGGGCCGCUGUGCUGGCAGCAGCCCAGCAGCUGCAGAGGAGUCCAGGCAGUGCGGCUGCUCUCCUUGCAGGAGGGAUGGAUGCGGUGAGAGGGAGCCCGAGGAGAGCUCCGUGUGUUCCCGCUGCUCCUCCAAGGCCAGGCAGCGCAGGACGAGCAGGGGGUGUGAUGGGGAGAGCCCCUCCACGAGUGGAGCCUGCAGGGACGGGCCAGACUUUGCACUUAGGACACUGCCAGACUGUGGGGCUGCAGGAGAGCCUGGGGAUCACAGGACUAGUGGGAGUGCCUGUGGGGCUGGCAGCCAGGAGCACAGCACGCAGCCCCCGGGCUGGGAGCUGGACUGCAAGGAGGAGUAUCCACGGAGACCCCUGACCAGGGCCAGGAGCAGGCUGUCCCACGUGCCUCUGGUGUCAGAGCCAGAAGUAGCAAAGCCAAAGCCAAGGCAAACCACCAAGAGGAAAAGGACAGCUGACAAAUCCACCAGUACCAGUGAUCCUGUGAUUGAGGAUGAUCAUGUUCAGGUACUGACUCUGAAAUCCAAAAACCUGGUAGGAAUCACGUUGACCAACUGUGGAAUAACAGAUUUGGUGCUGAAAGACUGCCCCAAGAUGAUGUUCAUCCAUGCUACAAGGUGCCGUGUGUUGAAACACUUGAAGGUGGAAAAUGCCCCCGUUGUGAAUCGCUUUGACUACGCCCAGUGCAAGAAGCUGAACAUGGAUCAGGUCCUGGAUCAGAUCCUCAGGAUGCCCCCAGAGAGGAACAGGAUCAUUUACCUUCGUCCCAUGCAGCAGGUGGACACUCUGACUCUGGAGCAGAAGAUCUUCAGUGGUCCCUACCCCUACCACAUCUGCAUCAUCCACGAGUUCAGCAACCCCCCCAACGUGAGGAACAAGGUGCGGGUGCGGAGCUGGAUGGACACCAUAGCCAACAUCAACCAAGAGCUGAUUAAAUACGAGUUCUUCCCUGAGGCCACCAGGACUGAAGAGGACCUGAAGAAAUACCCCAAAUACCCCUGGGGCAGAGACAUUUACACCCUGGAAGGCAUUGUGGAUGGUGCUCCCUAUUCCAUGAUCACUGACUUCCCCUGGCUGAGGUCCCUGAGGACAGCAGAGCCCAACAGCUACGCCAGAUACGACUUUGAGGAUGAUGAGAGGACUCGACUUGAUGCUUGAAGUUCAAUAUGAAGGCUGAAUUACCAAAAAAUUGAUAAGUAUUUAAUAAGAGUCAGGAUGUUAAAAGAGUUAUAGUGUUAAAGCCAUGACAAUGAAGAGCACUGCUGCUUUAUCCUUAAUUGAUGUUGUUUAUAAAAUAUUUAAGUAAUGAAAAACCUGCAGUGAUGUCAGAGAGGCCUCAGGGAGAGGGUUUCUGAUGCUCUGGGAUUUAUUUCACUCCCAGAUAUUUGGACAUGAGGAGUGGAGCUGUGGGGAGCUUUGAGGAAAGCAGGAGAGAACAUUCCUUAAACAUGGCCACUCAAGGGAAGCUUUUUCUCUUUGCCUCUUUGGCCAAAUCUGAAUGCAAAACCAGCCUGGCUGGGGAAUAUUUUUUGGGAGAAACAUCCCCUUGUUAUAAGUACAUAUUAUGUUAUUGGCUUUUAGCAAUUAUAAAAAUGAAUGCUGUAUGUGUAAUGUUGGAAAACUUUGCUGUAUGAAUACAGUUGCUCUUAGUUCUGCUAUUAACAAGGCUUAGAAAUAGUAGUGUGCUAUAUAUAUAUAUUUUUUUUUUAGACUAUAACAUGGUGGUGUAAAAAGCUGUUGUUCAGGUAAUUAACUUAGAGAAUGGCUAAAAAAAAGCUAAUCAGGGAAUCCUUCACAUUCUUGGAUUAUCAGUGACACACCAGAACCCCAGGGGAAGAAUUUAUUGAUAUUCCAUUAUCAGGGAGUACUGACAUGUUGAUUUACAGGUGGGGGGGAUGAUUUUAAAUAAUCCAUGAACAGGUUGAUGCAUUUCAAGAAAUGUUUUCUGAGCUGGGGUGUGCUCUUGGCUGAAUACCAAGCACCCCACCGUAACAACCUUGGCUUUGUUUGCCUCUUACCAUAUUUCGUUAAAUUUUUAACACUUACCCUAAAGUGAACCUCGUUGUUCACCCCUUCCUCCUUGCUGUGUU